AUGGCCUUGGUCCUAGUCCUUCGACGUUUACGAAGGGCAUGGUGGACAAUGAGAUGUGGAGUCCCUAUAGCGAACAGCGCAAAAAGAGGCAUUUAUGCUAGCCAUGACGGCGUUGAAUCGCCUGGCGCCCAUUAUCGGCGUGUACGACUUCUCAUGAUCACCGAGGCAUCGGAAAAGGAAGGCGGUGGCAGAGUAACACUGGUCGAUGUUGGCGGCGGCAGCAGCCAUGAGAUUCAGUCUAUCUGCGAGAACACUGGCCUGCCGCUUGCACGUUGUGUGUUCCAGGACAAGGAGACUGUCAUCUCGAAGGUCGAAAAUCGGGGACUCUGCCGGGAUUGA